AAACGCAAUCAUUAUACCCCUUCUCUCUCUCGCCCUCUCUCUCUCUGAUCUCCGCGUGAAUGCCAUGGCCGUUUCUCUCUCCCCAAUCCCUCCGAAACCCCCUUUCGCUCUCUCUCUCUAGUAUUUCCUCCAUUUCUCAAUCUCUCUCUCUCUCUCUCUCUCUGAGAUUCUGUUUCUUUACAUAGGAAUAUAUAUAUAUAUAUAUAUAUAUAUAUAUAUACACAUGUAUUUUUGUAGUCUAAACGGAAGAUUACCUACCUACCUUAUGUAUUUUCCUCAAUAGAACGCGUAGAUUCGGUACGGAAAGGAUCGCCGAGGGGGAAUGGAGAUUGUGACCGGGGAUAGGUACCUGGAGAAGCUGGUGGAAUUCGUCGACGAGCAGGCUGGUCCGCUGCUCGACGGUGCCAUGGUUCUGAAGCUCAACCCGGCGGGCUUGCACUACGCACAGUCGCGCCUGGAGGCGCUGAACGAGCUCGAGAGCCUACUGGCUGGUGCGCCCAUCGACUACCUCCGCGCCUACGUGUCGGACCUCGGAGACCACCGCGCGCUCGAGCAGCUCCGCCGGAUUCUCCGCCUGAUUCCUUCGCUCAAGGUCGUCUCGGCGCUUACGCCGCCUUCUCGGGAUCCCACACCGCUCUCUUUGCGUCCGUUCGGGAGGCUGAGGGUUCUGGAGCUUAGGGGCUGCGAUUUGUCCACCUCCGCUGCCCGAGGGUUGUUGGAGUUGAGGCACACUUUGGAAAAAAUCAUAUGCCACAAUUCUACUGAUGCUCUACGGCAUGUCUUUGCGAGCAGAAUUGCCGAGAUAAAGGGCUCUCCUCAAUGGAACCGGUUGUCCUUUGUUUCAUGUGCUUGUAAUGGCUUGAUUCUCAUGGACGAGUCUUUGCAACUUCUUCCUGCUGUUGAAACUCUUGAUCUUAGCCGGAACAAGUUUGCAAAAGUGGAUAAUCUUUGCAAGUGUGCCAAAUUGAAGCACCUGGAUCUUGGUUUUAAUCACCUAAGAUCGAUUACAUACUUCAAUGAGCUUGGAAAGCUACCGAUGGUGCUAUGCAUUGAGCUUUAUAGUGUCUCCUGUCGUAUUGUUAAACUUGUUUUGAGGAACAAUGCUCUAGCGACAUUGCAUGGGAUUGAGAAUCUGAAGUCACUUGAAGGGCUUGAUGUUUCCUACAAUUUAAUUUCCAAUUUUUCAGAGUUAGAGUUCCUUGGGUGCCUUCCCUCUCUACGAAGCCUAUGGUUGGAAGGAAAUCCAUUAUGUUGUGCCCGAUGGUAUAGAGCCCAAGUAUUCAGCUUUUUCAAUCAUUUAGAUAAAUUGAAGUUAGAUGAUAAGCACAUCAGCACCAGAGAGUUCUGGAAACGUCAAAUUAUCAUUGCCAGCAGGCAGAAGCGACCUGCCACCUUUGGAUUUUAUUCUCCUGCAAAAGAUGAAGCUAGAGAAGAUGGGAGUAUUUACCGAAGACGGAGAAAGGCAUCUCGACUUGCUUCUAUUGAGAAGGAAGAAGAGAACACAUAUAUAUGUUCUGACCAAGAGUCUGUAUCAUGUGAUGUUGAUAUUCAGAGCAGAGAAGAGGCUGUCAUGUCCGAUGCCGAAGCUGAAAUUGUUGAUUUAAUGAAUAGAGUUGAACUCAUGAAGAAAGAGCGUUCUGUUCUUUGGUUACGGGAGUUAAGGGUGUGGAUGGAUCAUGCUUCUGAGAAUUUUGUGGAAAGAUCUAAAUCUUAUGGGGCAACAUUGCAUAACGAAAAAGAGAAUUAUAUGAAAGGAAAGCCAAGCAAAUGGUAUCUGGGUGAUAGUUCGAGAUAUGUUUCUGACUCUGUCCAAGCUUCUGGAGAUGAUAGUAGUACAAAUGUUUUAGAAUCUGAUAAUUCCUUUGCAGAUAUGUCUACUGGUUUGCCUGCUAACCCAUACUUUAGUCAAGUUAGUUUCCUGGGGAAUGGUAGUCGGUUUUCUUUGGCUGGAAUGGGGAGAAUUGAUCUGAAAGAGGAGCAUCCAAAAUCUUAUUCACAUGACGGGAUUACUACUAUUUCUCUGCAAGCUAAAAGUUCACACCCUGAUAUCUUUGCUGUCCAAGGUGUUCAUGGGGUGUUUGAAAAUGUCAUCAUGUCACCAUUACCAGCCACUGAUGAUAUGUUAGUGUCUCAUUCACCCUCUCCUUUCCCUUCAUCUCCCCCUCAUUAUCAAGAGGACAUUCUACAUCGUCGCCACAACUUAGUCGAAGAAACUUUGCAACUAUCUGCAGAGUCUUAUUCACCAGCAUCAUCUGAUAGUAAUACCAGCUGUAGUGAUGAUGAUUUCUGUGAAUCAAUAGUCGCUGUUGAUAAGUCGCUGAAUGAAGCUUAUGCUAGAAGUGCUGAAGGCCACUCAUUUUCUUUUGAUGUCGAGGAGGAUUUUGACCACCUAAGUCAUGAAAUUCCUCAUGUAAGAGAAAAUGGCACGUCUUGUUCUUUUGUUGACCAGACCUCUAGUAUGCACAAAUUUUCAAAUUCAGAACGGUUCUUGGAAUCACAUUGCAAUGAUUUUCCUACUGCUGAUACUCUUGAUGAUCAAGUUUCUUGUUAUGUCAACCAAGAGGCUGAUUAUUUUGAGAAGAGAAAAAGCCAAAGGAAAUUGAAGAAAAAAGUAAUUCCACUACUAGGGGAGAAUAAUGUGGUUGGUGGGACAGAAUUGUCAUUCAAAUCAGAUGGCAAUUUGGAUAUUUGUGGAGUUCAUGGAGCUGCAAUCGAAAAUGAACAAGGGAAACAAAUUUCAUAUACCAGCGAAUUCCAGGAAGUUAUUCAUAUGGAAGAGAAGUGGAAAAAAGCAAUUGUAGCCCCACCAAUUGAUGAUUCUUAUAAAUUUCCAGGGUCUUGGUGCUCAUCUUCUUGGAGUGCUGAUUUUAUUGAGAAUUUUUUCAAUACAAAUAUUGCAGAAUCUAGCAUUCGUGAAACUUGUCGACAGUAUUUGUGUUGUGAUUGUGUACUUGAGCCAGAGUCCAAAUAUGGAGAAAGAUGCAGAGAAGUGAUUCUGGUAAUGAGCAGUGAAAACAAGUUGUAUAUUUUGCUUAUUGGUAUUUCAGGUGAUGGAUCAGGAGCUAUCUUAAGUUUAGUAGGUUGCCAUAAAAUGGAAGAUAUUAGAGAGGUUUCAGUUGGUGUUGGACUUCAGGUUGUGAGGUUGUGCAUUGACAGGGAUUCAGCAUACCUGUUUAUAACUAGAAGCAUCGAGAAGUCAAGGCAAUUAUUUAGUACCUUGAAAGUGUUUGAUUUACAUCCAGAAAAUGAUCAUUGUUCUUUACGAAGUUUGGAGCAGGUCCAGGUUGAAUUGUUUGAGAAACAAAUAUAUGGAGGUUCAAAAGUGAACAUCUUCCAAUACUCUAUGGUGCUAUUCAGGCGCACCGCCAAUGAAGAGGAUAAAUGGCUUUCAAGAUCACUAUUUGUGAUUGGAAGGCAUCUGCUUGUGUGUGUUGAAGACCUUGUGCACUUCAGCUCCCUUUCAAUGGAUUCAUCUUUGCCUCCAUAUUUCUCACUUGAUUCAUGUUGCUCCAUUGUUGACUUAUCUGAGAUGGUCAUCGAGGCUAGAGAGAGUCGGUGUGUGACCCUAGCUCUUAAAUGUACCGCAUCAGAGUUCUACCCCUCUGCCAAAGCCAACACGGAGGGUGCAUCAAUCAAUGAUGAGAAGAAAGCUUCAGGCUGUGUAACAUGGAAGAUCAGGUGGUUCUCUGAAGAGAGUCUGUUCAAUUUCGUGGCAUUGGUAAAGGCAAUCCAUGUAGGAACAUCCAUGUCUCCCUUGCUCCUAAGAUGUAAAUGGUGAAGCCUUUUUGUUUCUUGUUUUUGUUUGUUUCCUAUUCAUUUCAUUCUUUCUGAUCUGGCCUUCCCCAUUUCGCUUCUCAUUUCCAUAUAGUUUAGAAAUUUGUUUAGUAGCCGUAAGUGUUGUGAGUGAGUCAAUAGCUUCCUUUUGUAUUCUUUGAUUUGUGUUUCUUUUAUCAAUCCAUCAUGUACAAAUUUUGUACAGCACACAUCAUCAUACGAAAAUGAGUUUUGUAUUUUUUC